GCCUGUCCCUAAAAAUAGCCCCGGUGUGGGGAUCCGUGCGCGGAUGUCCCGGCGAGUCCCGGGCUGAAGGAGGCGGCUCCGGCGGCGCUGAGUGCUGUGGCGGGCCCGGGCUGCGGCGUGUGCGCGCCCGCCAGCUGCGCCGGAGACGCGGAAUUGCAUUUUGUACAAUCGAACAGAAGAUUCUGCAUGGAUGAUAUUUAAGAGUACUUUUGCUGAUGCUUCAUUUCCAAUCUUGUAGAAAAAUUUCAGCUGUAGCCCUUGGAUUAGAAGCUGAAAUCAUAGAAGCUGUGUAUGAUGCAUUAGGGUAUUGAAGAAAAUUAAUUUUUGGAUUAAAUAUUCGGAAUAUAAGGAAGGAAAGGUGACUGAAAAUGGGGCGGAAGAAAAUACAAAUCACACGCAUAAUGGAUGAAAGGAACCGACAGGUUACUUUUACGAAGAGAAAGUUUGGAUUAAUGAAGAAAGCCUAUGAACUUAGUGUGCUCUGUGACUGUGAAAUAGCACUCAUCAUUUUCAACAGUUCUAACAAGUUGUUUCAAUAUGCCAGCACUGACAUGGACAAAGUUCUCCUCAAGUAUACCGAAUACAAUGAGCCUCAUGAAAGCAGAACCAACUCGGAUAUUGUUGAGGCUCUGAACAAGAAGGAACACAGAGGGUGCGACAGCCCAGACCCCGAUACUUCAUAUGUGCUAACUCCACAUACAGAAGAAAAGUAUAAAAAAAUUAAUGAGGAAUUUGAUAAUAUGAUGCGGAAUCAUAAAAUCGCACCUGGAUUACCACCUCAGAACUUCUCAAUGUCUGUCACAGUCCCUGUGACCAGCCCUAAUGCUUUGUCCUACACUAAUCCAGGGAGUUCACUUGUGUCACCUUCUUUGGCAGCCAGCUCAACACUAGCAGAUUCAAGCAUGCUCUCUCCUCCUCCAGCCACAUUACAUAGAAAUGUAUCUCCAGGAGCUCCUCAGAGACCUCCAAGUACUGGCAAUGCAAGUGGGAUGUUGAGCACUACCGACCUCACAGUGCCAAAUGGAGCUGGAAGCAGCCCAGUGGGGAAUGGGUUUGUAAAUUCAAGAGCUUCUCCAAAUUUGAUUGGCAGUACUGGUGCAAAUAGUUUAGGCAAAGUCAUGCCUACAAAGUCUCCUCCUCCACCAGGUGGUGGCAAUCUUGGAAUGAACAGUCGGAAACCAGAUCUUCGAGUCGUCAUUCCCCCUACAAGCAAGGGCAUGAUGCCUCCAUUGUCGGAGGAAGAGGAGUUGGAGUUGAGUACCCAAAGGAUUAGCAGUUCUCAAGCUGCCCAGCCCCUUGCCACCCCUGUAGUGUCUGUAACAACCCCAAGUCUGCCUCCGCAGGGACUCGUGUACUCAGCGAUGCCGACUGCCUACAACACUGAUUACUCAUUGACCAGCGCCGACCUGUCGGCCUUGCAAGGCUUCAACUCCCCAGGAAUGCUGUCUCUUGGGCAGGUGUCAGCCUGGCAGCAGCACCCUCUUGGACAAGCAGCCCUCAGCUCUCUCGUCACUGGAGGGCAGUUAUCUCAGGGUUCAAAUUUAUCCAUCAACACCAACCAGAACAUCAACAUUAAAUCAGAACCAAUUUCACCUCCCCGGGAUCGAAUGACCCCUUCUGGCUUCCAGCAGCAGCAGCAGCAGCAGCAGCAACAACAACAACAACAACAACAACAGCAACAGCAACAGCAGCAGCAGCAGCAGCCGCCAUCGCUGUCACAACCACCACAACCCCAACCACAGCCCCGGCAGGAAAUGGGCCGCUCCCCUGUGGACAGUCUGAGCAGCUCUAGUAGCUCCUAUGAUGGGAGUGACCGUGAGGAUCCACGGGGGGACUUCCACUCGCCAGUUGUGCUUGGCCGACCCCCAAACACUGAGGACAGAGAGAGUCCUUCUGUAAAGCGCAUGAGGAUGGACGCAUGGGUGACCUAAGGUUUCCAACUCAUGUUUGUACUUUGUGUUACUGCAGUGAACUGCCCUACAUAUCUACAUUGGCAAAUAAGGUCAUGAGUUAAAUAUAUUUAUAUGUACAUACAUACAUAUAUAUUCCUUUACGUAUAUAUGUAUGUGGUGUGAGUGUGUGUAUGUGUGGGUGUGUGUUGCAUAUACCGAAUCAGGCACUUACCUGCAGACUCUUGGUAGGUCUGCAGAUGUGUGUCCCAUGGCAUACAAAGCACCCUGUAGGCACAGACUAGUCUGGCACUUCCUUGGACUACUUGUUUCAUAAGAUAACCAUUUUUUGCAGAGAAAUGUGUACCCGAAUAUAAUUCUCCCACACUAGCUUGCAGAAACCUAGAGGGCCCCCUACAUGUUUUAUUUAACUGUGCGGUGACUGUAGUGACUUCCGAAAAAUGCUUUGUAGAACAGAGCAGUAGAAAAGCAGGAAUCAAGAAAGCAAUACUGUAUAUAAAAUGUCGUUUAUAUUAAUACCCAACCUGGCAUGGGUCUCUAUUGCAAAAGGGUGCAUGGGAAAGGGCUGUUGAUAUUAACAAAACAAAAAAAAGCCCCACACAUAACUGUUUUGCACGUGCAAAAAUUUAUUGGGUCAAAGAAGUGAUCUUUAGCUAAUAAAAAAGGAGAAUAGAAAACAAGCAUGAGAUAUUCACAAAAUACUAGCCUAGAAAUAUAGAGCAUUAACAAAAUAAAAUUAAUGUAUUAAGUUGUAAUUGGAAUAUGUCAAGUUUCUUUUUACAUUCGUAUCUUAAAGAAACCAAUUUUAGCUCAUGUAUAUUUUAUAUGAAAGAAAACACCCUUAUGAAUUGAUGACUAUAUAUAAAAUUAUAUUCACUACUUUUGAACACAUUCUGCUAUGAAUUAUUUAUAUAAGCCAAAGCUAUACGUUGUAACUUUUUUUUUAGAGAAUAGCUUUAUCUUGUUUUAACUUUUUAGUUUUAUUUUAAGAGGGGA